UGUGGUUUUACGUAAAUCCAACAUGGCGGCCGCCUGUGGCAGGGUGUUCGGUAAGGUCGGCCGGUCUUUGGCGGAGGUUCCGGUGACCCGUCGGACCGGGACCGUGUCCUACCUGGUGGGUACCGGCAGCGCACAGGUGUCCCGGAGGGCCUACGGUACCGGUGGGCCGGGGUUCCGGUCCAGACUGGUGAGCGGAGCCGCUGGGGGAAGCGGGCUGCUGGGCUGCGCCGUCCUGCUGGGUGGAGGUCUGGGUCUGUACCAGACCGUCAAGUUCUGGGUCCAGCAGCACCAGCACCUGGCCCAGGAGGAGGUUCAGCCUCAGGCGGUGGGCGGUGGGCUGAAGCUGGUCCUGUACCAGUAUAAGACGUGUCCGUUCUGCAGUAAAGUGCGAGCCUUCCUGGAUUAUCACGGUCUGCCGUACGACAUCGUGGAGGUGAACCCGGUGAUGAGGCAGGAGCUGAAGUGGUCGACGUACAGAAAAGUUCCCAUCCUGAUGGUCAACGGCCAAGUGCAAUUGAAUGACUCGUCAGUCAUCAUCAGCUCCAUCAAGACCCAACUCAUUAGCAAGGAUAAAACCAUGUCUGAGAUCAUUAACUGUUAUCCGGAGAUGAAGUCUGUGAAUGAAAACGGGAAGGAGGUGACGGAGUACAACAAUAAGUACUGGCUGAUGCUGAGCGAGGACGAGACGACGCAGGUUUACCCCGAAAAAGGCAUGCAGAAAGAGGAGAUGAAGUGGCGCCGAUGGGCCGACGACUGGCUCGUGCACCUCAUAUCCCCCAACGUGUACCGGACCACCGGCGAGGCCCUGGCCUCCUUCGACUACAUCGUCCGUGAAGGCAAAUUCAGUACUUUCGAAGGCUUCUUCGCCAAAUACGUGGGCGCCGCGGCCAUGUUUAUCAUCUCCAAAAGGCUGAAGAAUCGACACAACCUGCAGGACGACGUCAGGCAGGACCUGUACAAGGCCGUCAACGACUGGGUGGCCGCCAUCGGGAAGAAGAGGAAGUUCAUGGGCGGAAACCAGCCAAACCUGGCCGACCUGGCGGUGUUCGGGGUUCUCCGGGUCAUGGAGGGUCUGCAGGCCUUCGACGACAUGAUGGAAAACACCAAAGUCAAACACUGGUACAGACGCAUGGAGAGGGCCACGCUCAACCACGAAGGACGCCAGUGAACGCAACGCACGCAGCACUUCCAACCUGGAAAAGACUGAUCUCCAUGGUAACCACCUGGAAAACACCAAGGCCCGCUCUGUCUGUAGAAACACAAACGGCUGGAGCACAGAACGGACAAAGCUGUCACCAGGUAUUUAAUUGAAUCUCCAAACUGGUUUUUGGGGGAAAACUCCUCUGCGGUUAUUACUGACUCCUACUGGCGGAACAUGGAACUGCACCAGUAACUUCAUUCAAAUGCACUUCAUUAAUAAAGACAUAAAGCCACGUCUGCAGUUUUGUUUUCUGUAUAAAAAACACAGAGAAAAGGUUAGAAAUAUCUGAGAAUAAUGUGUCUUUUUACUGAUAUUUCACAUGAAGAGGUCUGUAAAAAAAAAAAAAAAAACUUUCGCCAAGAAUUUACAACGUUCUUGUUAAUUUAAUCCAUUUUAUUUACAAUAUUUUCAUCCUGUUUUUCCCCCCAUUUCUCAUUCCAUCAGAUAAUAUUUGUAUUUAUUUCAGGUUUUAUUUUAUUGCUUUCUGUGAAUUAUGGAAACCUGUUUCUGCAAAGUGCAAUUAUUAUUAGAUGAAUGUGAUUCGUUAAGGCUUCGCCGCAAACGUGAGACGAAAACAUAUGCAGUUCAGAAUAAAACGAAAAAAAAA